UGCAUCAAACCUAUAAGGUGGUUGUCGCGCUCUCCGUGCACUCCUUGUUUUUUUUUUUGUUUUUUUUCUUGUUGCAUAUCUGUGUAACCACCCGGCGUGACCUCACCCUUCCAUCCUGGCUUGAUUCCAGACCACAACAGCAUGUGAAUGGCAUCAGAAAGCAGCAGAGUCGUCACACAGGAGCAGGAGGAGCUCCCGGCUGCCGGAGCUGUCCCUCACACGCGGAGGAGUCACAGCCACAUCCAGUUCCAGCCUCUGACACACAGCGCGCACUGGCAGCCUGCGCGCACUCUGGCUCACACCAGGAGUCACAGCCACACUCACUUCAGCGCUCCUUCACACACACAGCCGCAGAGGUACGGCUGCCGGCUCACGCACAGCCUCUCAGCCAUGACCAAGGGAGAGAGCGGAGCACCUGGCCUGACGGCCAAAGUCAUCAAACCGGCGGAUCAUCCCGUGUGCAGCAAAACUCCUCACCAGACCGAUUUGAGCCAGAGGUUGUCAUUAUGCAGCAAGCUGUGCUUCGCCAUUGGCGGCGCACCCAAGGAAGUGGCGGCAAGUGCCACAGCCUUCUUCCUGCAAAUCUACUUGCUUGAUGUUGCUCAGAUCAACGCCUUCCAGGCGUCCAUGGUGCUGUUUGUAGGGAAGGCGUGGGGCGCAGUGACUGACCUGAUUGUUGGGUUCUUCAUCACAAAGAGCAGAUGGACCAAGAUAGGCAGACUGAUGCCCUGGAUGGUGGGUUGCACGCCCUUUCUUGUGGUGUCCUACUUCUACCUCUGGUUUGUUCCUCCGUUCAUCAGCUGCAGGUUCAUCUGGUACUUGGGAUUCUACUGCCUCUAUCAAACCCUGAUCACUUGCUUUCACGUGCCUUAUUCUGCUCUCACCAUGUUCCUGAGCACAGACCAGAAGGAGCGAGACUCAGCCACUGCCUACCGAAUGACCAUGGAGGUGCUGGGGACACUCGCGGGUGCUGCCAUCCAGGGCCAGAUCGUGGCCAGCGCUCACACUCGCAAGCACUGCCGCACGCAAAACGUAUCUGCUGGUUACCUUGGCAACGGAAGCGGGGCAGAGAUCAUCAGGAGCCUGCUGCACGCCCAGGAUUACCUGUCACACGCUAAGGAGGUGUAUAUGAUCGCCGCCGGCGUCAUUGGGGGAGUGUUCCUCGUCUGCACUGUGGUGAUGUUCAUGGGAGUCAAAGAGAAAGACGAUCCGUACGCCUCAAAGACGGACAAGCAGAUCCCGUUCCAUAAGGGCUUCUUCCUGGUGAUGAGACACGGGCCGUACCUCACGCUAACCGCUGCGUUCCUCUUCAUCACCGUCGCCUUUCAGCUGGUGCAGAGCAACUUUGUCCUGUUCUGCACCUACGCCACAGACCUGAGGGAUCACUUCCAAAACAUCGUGCUGAUCAUCCUGGUGUCUGCGGUGAUAAGCAUCCCGCUGUGGCAGUGGUUCCUGGAAAGAUUUGGAAAGAAGAUAGUAGCUUUAUUCGGAAUUGCAUGGAUCAUGCCCUUCAGUAUGCUUUUGGUGGUCAUCCCUAAUGUGGUGGUGGCGUACAUUGUGGCUGUCUCCUCUGGACUCAGUGUGGCUGCCUCACUCCUGUUGCCGUGGUCAAUGCUGCCCGAUGUGGUGGAUGACUUCAGGCUGGCCAACCCCUAUUCAAAAGGCCACGAAGCAAUCUUCUACUCUUUCUACGUGUUCUUUACCAAGUUUGCAGCUAGCAUCUCGCUCGGCGUGUGUACCCUCUGUUUGGAAUUUGCAGGGUACGACACUGGCGCCUGCGAGCAGCCGGCUCCUGUGGUGUACACUCUGAAGCUGCUGAUCGGCGCCGCGCCGGUGGCUUUCAUUGUUGCAGGGUUAAUGAUCCUCUUCCUCUAUCCCAUCAAUGAAGAAGUGCGGCUCCGGAAUAAACUCUGCUUGGAGGAGCUACGGAAACAAAGCAUCAAUUCCAGAACAGUGGAAAACCUGAACAUCAUGUGACCGGAAUCGCGAACGAACAAAGCCACGUAUUCCAGUACGCAACUGGGAGAUUGUUGUUUAGUGUACAUUACACUGAGAAAUAGUUUGAUUUAAAGUUUAAUUUUCACAUGAACCUGUAUAGUCAUCGUAAAUAUAAAAUUGUAUUACUUAAUUUAUAUGAAUGUAUAUCAACAAUUGCUGUUUAGCUCUAUAGGACUGUUAUCUAUUAUUAUUAUUAUUAUAAUUAAUGGUUGAUAUGAAAGAAUAAAUGUUGAUAUUGUGCAUAGA